GCAUUUGGUUUAGGAAUUAAAAUAAAGGGGAAAAGUUUGUUUUUUCUUCUGUGGGUGUAGGAAGAGUAUUUUAAGUUAAACAACAUCUACAACAUUUCCUGAAACUGGACAUGUACCUCCGCAGUAGUCAUAUUUAACUGUUUAGUCAUAUCUCAUUUAAUAAUUAAUUGCAAUGCUUCCUGAUUGGGAAUGUUUACAUGAGUGCGUGAAGGCAACGCGAGUCCAUAGCAACCAUUGCAACUAGACCUUAGCAACCAUGGAGAACGAGCUUUCGUUGAUGGAAGAAAAAGACAAGAUCACUGAAGAGCAGAAAGAACUCAUUUUUAACCGCGUGGAAGAGCUAAAGUAUACCAAUGCAGCCCUCUUGGCAGAGACUGACAUGCUUGAACGCUUCAUUGGCCACCUGGAUCCACAGGACCUGGAGGCUGGUGGGGAUGGUGUAUGGCCAGCAGGAGGCUCCCAGCCGGACGGUGGUGGUGUUGGCUGGAGGCAGAAGUCCCGCUCUAACCUGACAGACUGCUUUCAGCUAACGUUGCAGCAAAAGCUUUAUGUGGCACGUAGAGAAGUAACAGAAGCACAGCGAGAGCAGGAGAAACUCAAAGAGGAUUACGAAGCAAUUCAAGCCAGCUACAAGGCCUCUAUGAAAGAAGCAGAGUUGCGUGUAGCUGAAACCAGGAAGGCCAAGAAUGAGUUUGAACGCAGAUUCCUCAGAUUUAUAAAAGACAACAAACAAGACAUGAAGGAGCCAGAGAAGAUGCUCCAGUAUGUUGAAGACAAAUUCAAGGUCACCCAGCUGGAGAAGUUUAAUCUGAAGAACCAAACACUAAGGGCCCAAGAGAAGAAGCUCCUGCAGCAGAUCAAACAGAAAAAAGAGAUGGGAAAAGCAGAGUAUGAGGUAUUUUUCCAGGAGUACAGUGAACCUAUAAAUAACCAAAACCUUGAUGAACUUCAGAUGAACAGCAUUAAAGUACAACAGAUGCUUCGCUCACAUAAGGAGAAGCUGCAGGCUGUUGCAUUGGAGUUAAUGGACUUGACCACUGAAAUCACCAACAGGAAUCAAAUGCUUGAUAAACUUGAGGAGGAAAUUCAGCAUGCUGAGAAGGGUCGUUUAAAGGCAGAGACCCUCAACCAACAUCUGCGAAAGCAGCUCGCAGAUUAUGAGGCUCCUGAUAUCAUCGAGUAUGUUCAGGCCAAGGACAAACAUAAGAGGCUGCAGCAGAGCAUUCACACCUGGGAAAGAAAAGUUGGGAUUGCCGAGAUGGCCUUGAAGACUCACACCAGAGAGUGGAGCAAAUACAGAGCCACUUUGACUCCCGCAAGCAGUGGUAUGUCUGGAACAAGAUCUGGGGAACACCAAAUUCCGGUCAAGCUCCCAAAUAUAGCAAAACACAACUCUUAGAAAAAGAACUCGAACAAAUACUGUAGAAGGUGCAUGAAAGUGUUGUAGAUGUAACUGUUAGAAUAAAAAAACACUGCUUAUCUUGCAAAAGAA